CACAAAUAUUUCGCCCAGCUCAUCAGAGUGCCAUCCGACCUUUCCGCCGAGCCAUUGGCGAUAUUUUUUCUUCCCGUUUAUCCAUUCUUCUCUGGGCGCUUCGUGGAGGCAUUUCUUUGCUUCCCUUUUCUUCAUCGCUUCUCCAUGACCGGCUGCUGUUAAAUCGUCCAGCCCAAUUGUGUUUCUCCCGAUCUCCCUUGACCGGCGGUAUCCUAGUCUUGUUUACACUGCCUGUCAGACGAGCGACGAAACGAAAACACAACCACCACCAUCAUGGAUGCGAUCUAUAAUUACGUUCCGACCGAGCCGCUGCCGUUCCCGCCUGGCGAAAAUGCCACCGACACCCUCAUCAACGGCGUCCAUCUGAACCGCACGGCGCUCGACCUGUGGCACUACUUUCUCUGGCCCAAUGGCACGAUCUCCAACGAGUCCACCUGCGUAGUCGCUGAGCCGAAAUAUAUGCCCGUCUACGUGUUUGGCAAUGGAAGUUUUACAAACAGCACCAACUGCUACAGCGCCGUCCGCGAGAUUGACGGCCGAGGCUACGCCAGUAUCGCGUUGUCCGUUCUCUACGGCCUGCUCCUCGUUAUCUCUGUCACCGUCCUCGCCAAGCACGGCCGCCUGUAUCUGCCCACAGAGAAGCGCUUCUACCCGGUCGGCCGCAGAUGGCAGUGGUACUGGGCGCUGUUCGUAUGCGCCUGCGGCCUCAUCAGUCUGAUUAUCAACAUCGACGUCGACCGCUACUGGGUCCAGGAACUGCCACUUGUUGUGACAUGCUUCUUCUGGUUCCUCAUGUGCCAAGGCACCACCGCCCUCGUGUGGGAGGCUACUCGUCACUGGGGCAGCUGGCAAGAGAGACAGUUUAUCGACCCGGACCCCUUUAUCCUGCCUACCGAUGACCGCCGCGCUAAGUUGGAGUUGCUGCUCCCUCUCUGGUUUUAUCUCUGGGUGUGGCUGAACUUCUUCCUUGUCAUCCCCCGAAACUGGACCUUCGUCGAGCGCCAAAACGCACCCCAGCAGAUUGUCGAACAAGCUAUCCCUGGCGCCAUGGACGCUCGCUUCAAGGCCGGCGCCUUCUGCCUCGUGGUUGCUUGGCUGACCAUCAUCUACUCCCUUCGACACUCGAUUAAACACUACAAGCCCAAGCAUGAGGGCAUGCUCAACAAGGCCCGCGGCUUCAUCGGCAGCGUGCCCAUCCGCCUUGCUCUGCUGCUCCUCGUCAACGCCGUGCUCAUCGCAUACCAGAUCCUCAUGUGCUUCAGCUGGUACUAUUCCUUGUUCCGCUUCAAGGGCGAGCUUGGCGUCCAGUACGGCUGGGGCUACGGCCCUUCGCUCGUCAUCAUGAUUAUCCAGGCCGUUUAUGGCUUCGCUUCGCCCAACGAAGAUAAGGAGCUGAUUCGCCAGCGCCGCGAGCGCGGAGAGGCUCUCGACCGGGAACUUGGCAUUGUGCAUCGCCCUGCCUGGUGGCGUCGCAUCCGCGGCGACCACAUCCAAGUCUCGAUGCGCGACAGAAUCAAGAACAACGUCACAGAGGUCGGCGGUGUACGUGGCACCGGACGCCGUGCUGAGACCGAGUUUGAGAUGCAGCUCCGUCGAGAUGCUGCCGCCUCUGCCAACGCGACGGGCGAGCUGCCUGCCAAUCACCCGCGUGCAGACCGUGCUGGUGUCCGCAACAUGUCGUCUGCCAUUGCCUCGGAGCCUACAACCACGAGUGCGCCGGCGCCUCAAUACACAGGACGCUCGCAGCAGCGCCAGUCGGAAGUGACUCUUCAAUCAGCAUCGCAAAUCUUGUUCCCCGGCGGUAGCACCGCAGCUGAUGACCGGGCUCGCCGCCUUGCUGAGCUUCAAGAAGACGGCCCUCCGCCGCCCUAUGUGCGCGACACGCCCGACGCUCGAACAAACAGCACAUCUACAACGCGAUCGACGGCCGUGGCGCCGCAGCAGAUUCGCAGCAUGCUGGACGUCUAAGUCUGUCCUGGAGGAGUUCUUGUUCAUUUUGCAUAUAUAAUCUCGGAGUUUUGGGGCACAUGUAUCCAUAUCCCACGUGUUUGAUAUCCAGUCUGAUGAUUGCUUUAAUUACAUGUUUUAUUCUCGCUUUCUU